CGUAACCAGGGAAGUUGGUCAAGUUAUGGACCGGUGUGUGGACAGGAGAGACCGGCACGUUUCAAAAUAACAAAAAAGGAAAUGGUCCCGAAGCAAAAGUUUGGGCAGCCUGCAUGGUCAAUACUUAGUAACGCCCCCUUUGAGUCUGUGUGGCAGCGUCCAUAUGUGAACAUCUUCAAACAUUUCAAAUUAGAAGAAUGGAAGAAGUCAACAAAAGAAGGAGAUAUUACAACAGUUAUGGAUAAAACUCUGAAAUGCACAGUUUAUCGCAUCCGAGGCUCCAUCCCUGCUGGUAACUACAUUCAGUUACCAAAAACUACUACUCAAUCCCUUGGGCUAGUUGGCCGCUACCUGUAUGUCCUCUUCAAACCAAUUGUAUCCAAAUACUUUGUGGUUCAUUUUGAUGCAGUCACUGAGGAUAGUCAAGUCAUUCGGAUUUCAUUCUCCAACCUAUUUAAAGAGUUCAAGUCCACAGCCACAUGGCUCCAGUUUCCUUUUGUUUGUGGUGCUGUGAAAGGCUCUGUGUAUAAUGUUACUGCAAAAACUGCUAAGCAAGACCUAGUGGGUAUUGCCCCUGUUGGUGUAAAAUGGACGUGCCUGAUGAUGGAUCUUCGUUAUAUUUUAUCAUUUUAUUUAAAUAGACACUACAGCCACCUGAAAAACAUUAAACUUUGCUCUAAUAUGUUUGUUAAGAACAUCUUUACCAGUGACUUGUUGUUUGAUCCAAGUGUGACAGUUCAUAAAGCUAAGCGGACGGGACUGGUGCCUCAUGGUUUUUGCCCAAUGCCACGAGAAAUGGCUUUCCUUGUGCCCAAAGGAGAAAACUGGCACGAUCUCUAUGAUUAUAUCAGAUUUCCUUCAGACGGAGUUAAGAUGCCAUAUGACUCAAUGCAGAAGGGACAAACAAGCCCAGAUGACACAGGUCAUUCAGCACAUUGCACUCCAAUUAGAAUGAAUUCACACACAGUGAGUGUCAGUAAGGCUGUCAAAGACAGAGUUUCCCUCAUCCAACAAAUUACCAGCCCAGAAGCAGAACGGUGUAGGUAUCGGAGGUCGCCUCGGAUUGUUAAGAGCAUCCCAGAAAUACAUUUGGAUACCACGUUGUCGUCCAGUCAUGGUGGAGUUAGCAGGGAAUGUGAGACUGAUAACACAACAAAAAAUAUUGAAUGUAUGAAGGUGAUUCCAGCAGAUGAUGGCGGAAUUCAUGUUUUUGCGGAUCACAGCGGUAGAGCAGUAAUUCACAGAGCCAGCAGUGAUACUGAGGUACACACUAAAGUCUCAACGCCUACCAGACUUGCUGGUGAAAAAUUCAAAAUCCAUAAGGGUUUGCAACCAGACCCUAUACUGAAGCUAAAGAAGAUAAUUGGAUUUGGAGGGUGCACAGUGAAAUGCGCUGCAUGGACUAAGUCUGGAUCAGCAGUGGCCUAUCCUUGUCAUGCCAUUGUCGUGGUGAUGGAACUUGAUACUGGACAGCAAAGAUUUUUCAUUGGACACACAGAUAAGGUAUCUGCUUUGUCUUUUAAUGGCAACACAACACUGCUCGCAUCUGCACAAACUGGAAAUGUAAGUCUGAUCAGAGUUUGGAAUUUCAACCAAGGCAACUGCCUGGCAAUGUUUAAAACCCACGUGCAUUCAGUAUCAUCCCUCAGUUUUUCAUUCAGUGGGGGAGUGCUAUGUGGCGUAGGAAAAGAUGGUCAUGGUAAAACAAUGGUCGUGGUUUGGAACACGUCAAAGGUAAAUCAAGGUGGUGAAGUGCUAGUGAUGGCAAAAGCUCAUACUGAAGUUGAUAUUCAGGUGAUGAAGAUAGCUGAUUUUGAUGACACCAGGAUGGUGUCAUGUGGAAGAGAUAACAUCCGCCUGUGGCGAGUUCGAAAUGGGGCACUGCGGUCUUGCCCAGUUAACCUGGGUGAAUAUCAUUGUUUGGCAUUCACAGAUGUAGCAUUUGAAGAGGGACACCUGGCUGACAAGGACCCUGUGGAUAGGACGCUUUUUGCCUGCAGUAAAAGUGGACACAUCCUUGAAAUCGAUUAUAAAAAUGUUGUUAUUAAGAAAGCACGUCGUUUGUUUCCCUCACAGCAAAACCACUCGCACCAGCCGGAAACAGUGACAUUGAAUACAGGUGCUGGGAUUGCCAUCAAUAGUAUCAGUGUUUCUGCUGCUUUCUGUGCCACAGGAUCUGAAGAUGGUUAUUUACGUAUUUGGCCGUUAGAUUUCUCCACUGUCUUUCUUGAAGCAGAACAUGAAGGUAGUGUCAGCUUUGUAACCAUUGACCCCAAAGGGUUGAAAGUGCUGGCAGCAACUACUACAGGUAAUCUUGGAUAUCUGGAUAUAUCCAGCAGAGGCUACACUACACUAAUGAGAUCACAUAUGAAUAAAAUUCUGGCUUUCUCAGUGGAUGGAAUAAGGAGACAUCUUGUUACUGUAUCCGAAGACUGCACUAUCCGACUGUGGGACUUGGAUUCUAUGCAACAGUUAUAUGACUUCGUGAGUACUGAAGAAAAUCCAUGUGCAGUGACAUUUCAUCCUUCACAACAAGUUUUUGCAUGUGGAUUCAGCAGCGGAGUGGUACGAAUUUUUAAUGUGGGAAAUUCUAGUCUCUUGGCUGAACAGCGGCAGCAUAGAGGGCAAGUGAUUGGACUUACAUUUUCUCCCAAUGGAGAGUAUAUGUACAGCGCUGGUUCUCUGGGUUCAUUAGCUCUGUAUGACGCUACUAAGGAGGAUCAUCGCGUUAUUAGGAUCCUGGGUAAUGUUGUGGCAAGAGGGAGUUGCUAUGGUCCAGAUGCAUUAACAGUAAGCAGUGAUAGCUGUUAUUUGGCUUUUGUGGGCCCAUCUGAAUAUAUUGUCAGUGUGAUGGAUGCUCACUCACUUGAUGAGUUAAUGCUUGUUGAUGUUAGUAUCCUGGACCUGGAGACAACCACCCUUGACACUGCUAUUAAAGUGUGCUAUCCUCCUGCUGCAGUCAAACAGCUCCUAGUGGCUACAUCCUCUAAUAAGAUAUUGUGGUUGAAUGCAAAGAGUGGAAGAUUAAUUCGAGAGAUGUCUAAUGUUCACAAGACAUUUCCCUCAUCUUUAGCUGUGAGUGAGGAUGUUCGUUAUCUACUGACCACUGGGGAGAAGGUUAUUAAAAUCUGGGACUAUCAAAUGAAACUAGAAACUAAUUUCCAGGUUUUCAUUGGACAUUCUGAAUCAAUUCAACAAGCAGCUUUUACUCCAGAUCAGCUAAGUGUAAUUAGUGUUGGAGAUGCAAUAUUUAUCUGGGAUUUCCUUGCUGCUGCUCUGGACCAAGAGACAAAUCUUACGUCAGAUCAACUAAAUGAACUUCAAAGUCCUGAAGCUCCUUUAAUUGCAGACAACAGUGAACAGCCUCGACAAUUUGUACCAGUCCCUAGCUCUUCCCCACCACAUAUCGAAGUUGGUGAUGUUGAAAGAAAUGACCAUGGAGGGUUUUUAUCUUCUAGUGAAAAUAAAGGUAACUACAGACAGAAAGAUGAAUUGUUCACAGAUGGAAGAAGUAGGGUCUCACUCCCACAGGUCCAUGACGAUAUGCGUAGCGGAGAGAACACGUCUUCUUUCUUGAGACCCAUUUCAUGUCAGGAGGAACAGGACAAUUUUGAAGAAUCAGGAUCCCUAGUUGGAGCUGAUGAUUUUCUACACAAUUAUUCACGACCUGAAUCGUACAAACAUUUUGCUGCUCGGUUCAAACUCUCUUCUGUCUGUCAGGAUGUAGUCCUCCCUGAAGGGAAGGAGGAUCUGAAACUGAAAGUAGUAAUUGGAUACAAUGGAAAUGGAAGAGGAAAUAUGGUCUGGAAUCCUGAUACAGGUCUUUUUGCAUAUUCUUGUGGCUGUCUGGUGGUAGUUGAGGACCUGCAUUCUGGAUCUCAGAGACAUUUAACAGGCCACACAGGAGAAAUCUCUACUCUUGCAGUCAGCCAUGAUACACAGGAUCUUGCAUCAGCUUCGGGAGAACAAGACAAAAAUGGCUGCUGCAUUUUUAUUUGGGAUGUCAUGCGUGGCAGUUGUAAGAAGGUACUUUCUCAUCAUACAACUGAGGUGCAAGCUAUGGACUAUUCCAGAGAUGACAGAUUCUUGAUGUCUGCUGGAGAUUAUAGGGACCUCACAAUUGCUUUAUGGAAUACCAGGAAUUAUGAGCUUGUGGCAACUACAAAAAUAUGUGAUCCUAUCCAUGAUUUAGCAUUUGACCCAACUGCCUUCAAUGAGUUUGCCUAUGUUGGGGUAGGAGCUGUGCAUUUCUGGUUGAUAGAAGAGAAUGCUAAUGAAGUACAACUGAAGGUUCACAGGGUCUCAAUCCCAGAUGAAGUGAAUGCUGGGGAGCUCACUGCGUUAUGCUAUAACUGUGAUUCAGUUCUUUAUACCGCAACCAACACAGGGAAGAUCUGUGCAUGGGACACACAGCACAACAGAUGUUUCAUGACAUGGGAUGCAGAUGAAGGGGAAGUUGGAAUUGUGCAAAGUCGAGGUUAUCGCUUGAUGAGUGGCAGUAACACAAAGAAGAUCCGGCUAUGGGCAGUCACUGGGUUGCAGGAAAUGAGACUUGAGGAAACAGGAGCAAGAUCAAAUUCGGUGCUUCUGGAGCAUGAAAUGAUUCUGGAUGGCACUGUAGUUAGUGCAGUCUUUGAUGAUACCAUGGACAUGGGAAUUGUGGGAACCACAGCAGGAACAUUGUGGUAUAUAAAUUGGGCUGAAAAUACCAGCAUCCGUCUGAUCAGUGGCCACAGAAACAAGGUUAACCAGGUAAUUUUUAGUCCAGAUGAAAGCCACUUUGCCACAUGUGCAGAAGAUGGCAGCUUGCGUGUGUGGGUCAUGCACAGCACUGAGUUGGUUGUUCAGUUUCAUGUUCUCAAUCAGAGCUGUUUGUGUAUGGCUUGGAGCCCCAUAAUCAAUUCAAGGAAAUGUGCUGACAAACAGCAAAUCGUUGCAGGAUACAGCGAUGGUACAGUACGUCUCUUUGGAGUGUUGAAAACUGAGAUGGAAUUGAAGAUUCACCCUCACCCAGUGGCAGUCAGUGCUAUUGCAUACUCUCUGGAUGGUGAGGUUAUUAUUUCAGGAGGUGAAAAUGGCUUGAUGGCCGUGAGCAGCCCUCAUACAGGAAUUACCAUUCGUAUCAUCAGUGAUCAUAAGGGUUCUCCAAUUACAACAAUUGAAUGUACACAGAAAAAAUAUGAUGAGUUUGGCCUUGAAGGAUGUGAUAUGUGGUUGGCCGUGAGUUCUGAUCGACGUGUUAGUGUUUGGGCUGCUGAUUGGCAUAAACACCAGUGUGAGCUCAUUGACUGGUUGACAUUCCCAGCACCUACUGAACGUCAGGUAUGUGACAAGAAUAGUCUCCCACCUAGUCUGGCUGCCUUCUCACCUAGUCAGAGUGGCAUUGUAGUGUACACUGGAUUUGGGGUAAAGCCGCAGAUUAUUUUGUACAGCCUCCAUAAAAAGCAGACAAUUAAGGAAAUAGCUUUGCCUCACUGGGCUGCAAGUUUGAGCCUCUCUCCAGCAGGGCAACUAAUUGCUGUUGGAACCACUGAGAGACUAAUGAAGAUAAUUCAUUCUCCAAAUGGAAAAUGCCAAGAUUUCACUGGGCAUAAUGAUACUGUUCACUUCAGUCGAUUUACACCAUCUGGAAAAUUCCUCUUAUCCAUUGCAUACAAUGAGGUGUUCGUCUGGGAGGUUCAAAAGUUACCUGCCGAUUUCAGUAAUGUACAAUAUCUCUAAGGUUGAAUGUCUUAAUUGUGUUACUGUUUCAUGAAUGUAAUUGCUCUUUAUAAGCUCUGUGGAAUCAUUUGUUUCAUAUUGUACAGCUCAAUUCUGGCACAAUCAUACAAUUCUAAAAAUUUGUAAAAGGCAACUAUCACAGGAGAAAAAUCAUAAUGUAAAUAUUGUUUAAUCAUUAUUUAAUAAUGCAUUUGAUGCAUUACACCCAUUGUGGGAACUUUUAUAAUUAGUUGCACUGAGAUGUUUUAAAAUCUAGCCAAGAUUUUGUUGUUGGAUUCUGUUUGAGAAGUAACUAUGAUCACUUCAUAUUUCUGUUAGCCAAGUGAUUUUCUACUACAUGAAUAAAUUUUUGCUGGUCUACGAGUUGAGUGUUUGAUAAUGGAUUUUUGAAACAUCUUUCUGCUUGUUAUUGCAUUAAUUAGAAAACUUUUGUUUUAAUUUAUUUUGCUUUUACACUUCUCUGGUGAACUAUUAUCUAGUCUGCAGCACUUGAACAUUUGUCCUAUGUUGACCACUGAGUGGGAGUGCAAAGAUGCUGCUUCAUUUUCUUUCACAAUGGAAUACUGGCCACUGAUUUUAAGACUACUCAGUAAGUUAACUACUGUAAACCAUGGGCAUUGUUUUAGUGUAAAAUUCUAAAAAAUUCAUUGUUUCUUCCUCAAUGCAGAAAAUUGAAUUGGUGAUGGGACAAUAGGCAUCAAAUAUCACAAAUACUGGAAAUUCUUCAAGAAAGCAUGUGAAGUAGCUAGAUGGAAGUAAAUUAACCUAGGAGUCAAACUCAGACUAACACUUAGUAUCAAUACUUAUUGCAUUUGUCUUAUUGAAAUACAGUGUGGAUUAGACCCCUUGAACUGUGCCACCCAGCAAUCCCCCAAUUUAAACCUGGCUUAGUCACGGGAUAGUUUUCAAUGACCAAUUAACCUAUUUACCAGUAUGAGAGGAAUCCAGAGCACCUGGGGGAAACCCACACAUUCCAUGGGGUGGAUGUACAAACUCCUUGCAGAAGAUGCCGGGACUGAACUGAUGCCCUGAGCUGCAAUAGCAUCAUUCUAGCUGCUACAGUAUCAUGGAAUUUUAAAAGGCAAAUGAAAGACUCAUUAUCAAAGGCUGAGAGAAAAUCGACUUUUUUUUUCCUAUUUUAAUAGGUUCAUGUGACACUAAUUUAAAAAUAGAGGGCCAGAAAGGAAGUGCAGCGGACUAGAAAACUGGGGUAGAACCAUUGUGAUUCCUAUUGGCACACAGAAUAUGAUUCAAAUUAGGACAGUCACAAACUAUUUAAGCUUUAUGCUUGUGCUGUUAAAUAUAUAAUC